AGGCAGGCUCCUGUGGAGAGGCCCCCCUCUGCCAGGGGGAGGUGGCCAGCUGCGCCCGGGGCCACCCCUCUUUGGCAGCCCGGGCCGGACGGCAGCGGCAUGCAGGCGCCUGGCCAGCCCGCCCCCGGCCCCACCACCGGGGCGGGCCAGCAGCACGACAGGCGCUACGCGCCGCUGGUGCUCUCGGGACUCCCCGAGGGCCCCGCGCUCGGGGCCGCCGCGCCCGGGCGCGGCGCGCCCCCGUGGCGGAGGCGCCUGCUGGGCGCGGGCUGCGCCGCGACCGCAGCCGCGGCCGCGCUCGCCACCCUCCGCGCCGCGGGGCCGCGCGCCGGCGGGGUGCCUCCGCAGGCCGUCAGCCUAGUGUCGGAGUCGAAGCAUUCGACACACAGCGCGCCGCUCCCCUUCCCCGCGGGCGACUACCAGGCGGCUAUGGACUAUUUGCCGAUAACAACCUUUUAUGACCUCACGGAGGACAGGCCGUACUUGCCGGCACCGAUCAUCCACAGGCUGCCAGCCUUCCUGCGGAGGUUCGACCUCAGAUUCGGGCUGGAGGAGAACUUGCAAGGCUGGGACCCGGAGCCAGACCCCACAGGGGACGUCAGGAGCGUCCUGUGCUGCGGCACGGCCGUCAACCGGCUGCUGAAGUGGGCGCAGGAGCACUUGGACGACUCUGACAACAACAGGACCCUGGUCUUCUCCGGCACCGAGUCCCCGCUGUCCGAGACUUGGGGGGACGAGGAGCACCGGCAAGCGCUGGUCAAAGAUUUCCAGAAGUAUUUCAGGCGUAUUUACUAUUACGUCACCGACGUUCCGCUAGUGGGCGUGCAUACUUUGCCACUCGGCUUCACUGAGAUGUACAUGCGGGAGCGUACAGAUCAGUUCUUGGAGGCAUACCAGGCAGUGAGCAUCGCGGACAGCUGGAAGGAGCACACCAUCUUGGCGGCAUGGGGCAUCUACACCACGGCCGGCGGAGAGCACUACGAGUACGGCAACCACCCCUUCGCGGACAACUACGGCACCGACUCGUGGGCGUGGACCGAGGUGGCCAACCACGCGAUCGACUCCCGCAACGACGCCAUCGGCUGGAUCAGCACCCCGGGGGCGGAGGCCACGGGCGUCGAGAGGCAGACCAUCGAGAAGGACCGGUGGUGGAUGGAGCUGUCCAAGUACAAGUUCAUCCUCUCCCCCCUCGGCACGGGCAUCCAGUGCUCCAAGGUGCCCGAGGCAUUGUCGAUGCUCACGAUCCCGAUCAUCAAGCGUGGCCCGUUCCGCACUCACGAUGACCUCCUGCAGAUGGGCUUCCCCAUCGUCGUCGUGGACUACUGGAAAGACAUCAAGCACGACACGAUGGAGACGUGGUGGCAGGAGAUGUCGCCCAAGCUGGAGAGCUUCCGGACGAACUGCCUCAACACCGAGGGGUAUUGGCGCCUCUUGACCCAGGGCGCCUGCUGAGCCUGGCGGCUUCCUGCGCCCACAAGGCUGCUGACCCCGAGCCGCGAGAGCCGCGCUGCCCUGGCCGGAGGCAGUCACGCACUGUGAGGGGGGCCUCGCGAACGCGACACCUUCCUCGUCGUCCUCCCACCCGAGCGCCUCCUCAUCCU